ACAACGAUAACACCAUACCCUAACAAUGCUUUAAUUAAAUCUCUUGAUAUCUUUGAUGCUCGCUCUAUAUUUUCCCAUCAGUACCCAUCUUUUGACUAGGAAGAAGCAUUUGAGAAAAUUCGAAAGCAUGCAGGAGAUGAAGGAGGAGAAGCACAUGCACAUGCAACGCAGCGAGAGUAUGAGACUAAAAGAGAAGAAGGUGAAAGAUUUGAUGGUGGAGAAGAGGAGGCUAGUGGAGGUGCCGUACACGGCGUCGUUGGCACACACGAUGCACACACUCGUGGCGAACAAGGUGGCGGCGGUGCCGGUAGCGGCGCCGCCGGGGCAGUGGAUCGGAGCCGGAGGGUCGAUGAUCGUUGAGUCUGAUAAGCAAACCGGGGCCGUAAGGAAACAUUACAUAGGGAUGGUGACGAUGCUUGAUAUUGUGGCCCACAUCGCUGGUGAUGACCACUUGAGUUGUGGCGAUAAUGUAACAGAAGACCUUGAUCAAAAGUUGUCUGACCCGGUCUCUUCCAUCAUUGGCCACUCCUUUGAAGGUCUUAGUUUGUGGACUCUCAAUCCUAAUACCAGUCUGUUAGAUUGUAUGGAAGUGUUGAGCAAAGGGGUGCAUCGUGCUAUGGUACCUGUCGAUGGGCAAGAACUAGAAGAGAACGUGUCAGCUGGGGUUGAACUUGUGGAGUCUGCUUCGAGCUAUCUAAUGCUGACUCAGAUGGAUGUGCUUAGGUUCUUGAACGAUCGUGCUCGUGAGCUACAGAGCAUUCUGUCACGUUCUGUUCAAGAUUUGGGAGCCAACACUGAACAGAUUUAUGCCAUCACUGACCGCACAAAACUCGUCCAUGCCAUCAAGUGCUUAAAGGCUGCUAUGCUAAACGCUGUUCCUAUCGUUAAAGCCUCUAAUGUUGGUGAAGAUGAUCACAAACAGCAUAUAAAUGGAAGAUGCAGGAAGCUUAUUGGUACAUUUUCAGCAACUGAUUUGAGGGGUUGCUACUUGGCCACGCUGAAAUCAUGGUUGGGAAUAAGUGCAUUAGCGUUCACCGAAGAAGUUGCAUCGAGUCCUUUGUACAGGGAAUCAGACAUGCAGAAUAGAGGGUACAGAAGGGAGCUUGUGACAUGCUAUGGUGAAUCACCCUUGUCUGAGGUAAUUGAAAAGGCAGUGACUAAGCAUGUUCAUCGAGUUUGGGUGGUGGAUCAAGAGGGUUUGCUCGUGGGGGUUGUGUCACUUACUGAUAUAAUCAGAGUUAUAAGACACUAUCUGCUAUCAGAUUCGGAUGAUCUGUGACGACUGACGAGCGUAGUUUUGUCCCAUGCAUGUUGAUUGUUGGAGCCUUAGUUUAUACUUUAAUUAUAAUGAUACUAGAACUGAGCAUUUUGGAAUGCUAGUGAACUGUGUUUUUGUAUCGAAGGUGUGAGGUACAGUUCAGUAUCGUCAAAAUAAGUCUGCAUCUUCUGUUACAAUGUAUUGUACACAGAAACACUUAUGUUUGUGAACCUAAUCUAUAUUUAUAGACACGUUUCAUCAGGUGUGCA